UGUUAUUUAUGAAUGCCCGCCGUUCACAGGCGUGUAGGCGCAGGUGUUUGGUGUUUUUUUUAUCUUUUUAUAAUUAUGUUGUGAUGACCGACGGACCGGACUGCGGGUCUGUCCGGAACCUGCCGGAUCGGCUGUGCGGGUGAAGCCGCGCUGAGACGCACUGGCCCCGGCUGGGAGGCGAGAGCAGCGGCGCUCCGCUGGUUGAAGCACCGGCUCCGUCCGCCGGCCCUGCAGCCCCGGCCCGCCUCACCACCGCAGGUGUGCAACUUUGACUGAUGAUGUCCAUGUGAGAGUGGGAGGGGCUACGUGGCCCUGAGGCAGUAAAGGGGAGGAGUCCCAGCCCUCAGCCCCUCCCCCUCUUCUCCCUGCCAGCAAGCAAACCGACGGACACAUAGGUGGACACAGCUCUCCCCUCCCUCCUCCUGCUCCCAUCUUCUCCUUGCUCUCUCCUCCUCCUGGCCCCGCCUCCUCUCCCCUCCUCCACCGCCACCAUGCUGUGGUCACGCCGCUGCUGGAGGCCGUGAGGAAGGAGACUCUGGAAGGCGACCCUGCUCAGCCGGGGGACUCCUACCUGUCCCUGCUGGACCCAAAAACCCUCCCUGAGUGCCGGCCCCCAGAUGGCUUGAUGCCUGAGAGCAGUUACUGGCAGCUCUGCCCGCCCUCCAAGUCCGGCCUGCAGGGCGGGUUACUGAGCUCUAGUUUCCCUCCCGGCCCCGUGCCACUGGUGCCCCCAGAUGCUCACCUGCAGGAGGGGGGCGACCCCCUGGACGGGGGCCCCUCCCAGCCGCAGCAGCACCGGCCCCUGGCGCCCAGCACCUCAGCUUCAGAGCUGUCCCUCCCCGGAGCGGCGGCAGGGGGCCCUCCGGGUCCAGGACUCCCUCCCCCUCCUCCCCCGCCUCCCAAACGGCACUGCCGCUCGCUGUCGGUGCCCGAGGAUCUGUCCCGCUGCCGCUACACGUGGCGGCCCAGCGCCUCGCGGGUCUGGACCCCCGUCAGCCGCCAGCAGUGCCAUGGCGGGGCGGGGGGAGGGGUCUCAGGUGGGGGCGUGGCAGUGGGAGGGGGGGGUAUAGGGAUGGGAGCAGCAGGGGGCGGGGCCUGUCCUCUCCGCGCCCCUAGCUCGUCUCUGAACUCGUCGCUGCACUCGUCAUCCAGCCCCACCUUCUUCAGCCUGGCGCUGUCGCCGGACUCUCCGCUGCCCUGGAGCUUCCCCUGGGACCCCAGCGAGGCAGCGGCAGGGGGGGGGGCCUGCUGCUGCUUCUUUCCCUCCCCUUCCUCUUGCUCCUCCUCACCCUCCCCUCUGCACCCGCCCCCUCCCCCUCAGAGGCGAUUCUCCCUCUCCCCCGUGCUAAUCAGAGACUCAGCAGCCUCCACCUUCCUCCCUCCUCCUCCAGCGCCAAACCAAGCGACAGCGCGCCCACCAGGUGGCGCUACGGUGGCUGGAGCUUCUGCGGGCGGCCCGGUGCCCGCCUCGCCAUCCUCAGCUUGCAGCACACCGUCCUCUCUCCGCCGCAGCCUCCCGCCGCAGCUACCGCGCUGCCACUCCCAGCCCUGCGACCUGCUGCUGCUAAAACCAGGCCUGAAGAGGCGCAGAGACCCCGACAGGCCGUGCGCCCGCCCCGUCCUCGAUUUCACCAAGAUGACCCAGACUCGCAGCAUCGACCCGCAGUGCCUGGAGCGCGCCGGCGGCCGCCUGGCCUGCGGUGGUGGGGACGUCUGCAUGGGCAUGGAGCACUUCAUGGGCGACUUCCGGGGCUCCUGCUCGCCAGCCGAGUGCCUGGGCAGAACCAGCAUCGGCCCGCUGAGCGAGAGCGACGAGGAGUGCCGCGAGGACGAUGAGGAAGAGGAGGAAGAGGCUGACGAGCGCGAGGCAGCGCAGCAGGCGGUCUUUGAGAGGGAUUGUACAGAACUGGACCUGAACUUGAUAGAGGAAAACUGAAGCGUCUGUAAAUGAAGGCUGUUUUGUUUUAUAAUGGAGUUUUAUUUUGAAAUGACCCGACCCCGUCUCUCUUUCCUGUCCAGUCUUCGUCCGACCACUCGGUGCCUCCUGGCCACCAAUCAGCGGCGCUCUCAGGAACAACACCUCUCAUCGAUGAGCUGAUUAAGCAACAGCGAUGAUCUGACUACCGUGCGGCAGCUUCACGCAGUCUGAGGCCAGCUCAGCGUCCAGAUCCAGGUCUGACGAGACAUGUAACACGCCGCCGCAGCGACCCGAACCCCCGUAGACACUCGUAGUUUCAUCAGUUUGACUUCUGUAUGUGCUUGUAGUACAACGAUUUCGGACGUCUUAAUCAUGAAGGUCUUAAACUGCCUGAGCUCGUUAGAGAUUAAUCAAUUACUAGUAUUUAAUUCAUUCGUCCUGGUCUGUCAGAUCACGUGACCCGAGCGUGAUGACGCGAUCAUGCUAGCAGCGGUCCUGCGGUGGCGUCUAGUUGAGUCUGCGCUGAAGGCCGGUAGACAGUGAUGCUGUUGUUCGCCCGAGUGUUCGUACAUUCCCGUCAGUCCCACCUGUCACUGAAAACACUGUCUGUGUGUGUGCGUGUGUGUGUGUGUGUGUGUGUGUUGGCUCUGACAUCAGAGCCUGGAGGUCAUGUGACCUAACCCUCCAGACCGAUGGUCUCAAGCAGCAGUUUAUAAAAUCUUUGAUUAUUCUUCGUCAUUCUGCACCUCAACUGUUCUACAUGCAGACUGCACAGAUGCAUCGAGCUCCUGCAGCCACCAGGCGGCGCCCAAGUUACCAGAUCAGUUUUCUGAAUCAGGAUAGUGGAGAAAGAAAAUUGAUUAAACAUCUUAAGUACUUCACUGUGAAGGCAUCUUUCUCACAGAUUUGUGAAUUUAUAAUGUCCCAAUUUCCCAUUACUAUCAUUUUUUUUUUUUAAGCAAAGUUGUUGAGUUUAUUAAAUCACAAUUUAAAAACAAAAGAAUUGGGUGAUAAAGUCAUAGUUUCUAAUCUCUCA